UUGUGAGGAGAUCAGACAAGUCAGGGAAUCAGAGAAGAAUGAAAAUAGCUGCUGGCCUUAAAAGGACGACUACACCAUGGAUGAAUAAUCACACCGGGGAAGGAUGAAGAAUGAUUCACGGGUCAGGUUAAAAGUGAGGUCGUCCGCCAGCACCACCACGACGGUCAUCGACGGCAAGAACGGCGAUGUCGGCUCGCCGCCCGCCGGCGUGUCCGAGCGGACGUUCGCCGACGACGUUUAUUCUACGUUUAGCUCGCCGCUGGCAUGGAUCCUCGUGCUGGCCCUCGUGGUCACGUGGUCGUGCGUUUUCGUCAUCGUGUUCGACCUGGCCGACUACAAAACCAUCUCAGGAGGCCUCGGCAGGAUCGGCACGGACCCGGCCAAGGCCGUCAACGACGUGGUGGAGAGGUCCGCCGAUGCCGUCCGCGCCAUGCUCAAGUUUGCCGCCAGCCUGGUUGCCCCCGAUGAAGAUGACGGAAAUCUCUACGCUGUGAGGAAAAAAGGGGAGUUUCUACCAUCCCGAAGUAAAGUCAUCGGGAUGCAAGUGAAGAAGGCACGACUGGUUGAAGCGGUCCACCAGGAUGAAGACGAGGAAGAAGAGGAUGAGGGGUAUGAGGAGGAGGAGGCGCAAGAAGAGGAAGAAGAAGAGGAGGAAGAGCUUGAUGCAGAAUAUGAAGAAGAGGAGGAGGAAGGUGUGGUGGAUGAAGCAGCUGAAGAGGAGGAGGAGGAGGAGGAGGAGGAGGAGGAAGAUACAGUGGAUGAAGGAGUCGUUGCAGCUCAUGAGGAGGAAGACAAGGAUGGAGAUGAAGCAGCUGCAGAUGAAGUGGAGGAGGUGGUAGAUGAUGAAGAGAAGGUGGCUGCUGCGGAGGAGGAGGAGGAAGAGGAGGAGGAGGAGGAGGAAGAAGGAGUGGGUGAUGAAGAAGAGGAGGAAAAGGGGGAGGGAGCGGAAGCCACUGCAGAGGUGAAGGAGGAGGAAGAGGAGGAUGAGGAGGAGGAGCUCACUGCUGCUGCUGAAGAUGAAGAUGGAGCCUCCAAACUUGGGACUGACGAAGAUGAAGAGGAGGCGGCUCCUGAGGAUGAGGAAGAUGAGGCCUCCAAACCCGAGACUGAUGAAGACGAUGAUGAAAAUGAAGAUGAGGUCGCCACGGCUGAGAUUGAUGAGGAUGGCACCCAAGAGGACGAAGAAGGAGAAGAACGCACAGCUCAUGAAGAGGAUGAUGAAGAUGAUGAUGAGGAGGAUGCACCUGCUACCUCUGAGGGGGACUACGGUGAUGAAGAUAUAACAAGGGACGAGGAAGACGAGGAAGAUGAGGAUCUCGUGCUUCAGUCCAGGGAGGAAGAUGAAGCUGACCUUCAUCUUGCUCCUGUCCCUGAUGAAGAUGAUGAUGACAACGAAGAAGAAGAGGAGGAACCUCUCAAAAUGUUGGCUCUCAAACAUGAAGAUGUCACUUCGGGAGCGUCGUUGGCUGACGACGAUGAUGAUGACGAAGACGAUGAGGAUGAAAUCAAGGAGGAAGUUCUCGUCCAAUCAGACGCCAACAAACCUGAUGAUGUCAAUGAUGAUGGCGAAGAUGAUGGCGAAGAAGAUGAGGAAGACCUUUUGGACGAAGACCUCGCCCGCCUUGAUUUUGGCCAAUCGGAGAGCACCGAAGACCACAAACCCGAUGAUGUCACCGAUGAUGACAUGAAUGAUGAGGAGGAGGAGGAGGAUGAAGAAGAAAUUGCACCACCUCCCUUGGACGAAGACGACGAGGAUGACGACGAUGCGGGCUCACUCCCUUUGACCUCGGGUGAGGGAGACCUUGACCUCGAAGAUGACAUCACACCAGAGUGGUCAUCAGAUGAAGACGAGGAGGAGGGUGAAGAAGACUCGCCAUCAGUCAGCGCUCAACACGCGCAUGUGGACGAGCUGAGCCCACCGGUCGGCGGAGAUGAAGAAGGAGAGAAAGCGGAGAAGGCCGGCAAAGAAGAGGAGCACAAGGUGACAAAACUUGAAGCUGAAGCACAUGCAGUGUGUCCCUGCACGAGUCCGCCAAAGACGCGGGUGUCCGCCGUGCGAAGCGCCAAGAAGAAAGAAUCGAAAGCAGUGAAGACCACAGAAAAACCCAAAAGAACAGCUCUUCCCAGGAUUGCCAGUCUGGAGCCCAAAAUGAGACGCGUCAGGGGGAUUCCGACUCUUGUCAGAGCCAAGAAAGAGGAAAAAAGCAAGAAGUCCAAAACAAAGCAACGUGCUGAGAAGCAAAGUCCAAAACCAACACAAGUCCCAGAACCAGUACAAGACGUCGGUCCUUGCAGACCAGCACCGGUCUACUGUCCGUCCCCUCCCGGCUGGUACGUUCACCAGAUCGUGACGGACACGCCGUACCCGCCUCCGACCGCCUCAGGUUCUGCCGCUCCGGUUCUGACCACCCAUCCCGUCCACCCGCUGCCGCUUUACCAAGCGCACCCGAUGAUGCCGCCGCUCUACCCUCACUACCAACACUUUGCUCAGCCCGUGGCGCCUGCCGUGCAGCCGCCGCCAGAACCAGUCCAACCAGUAGAACCGGUCCAGCCUGUACAACCUGUUAAAACAGUUCAGCCAGUGCAACCAACUGAACCGGUCCAGCCUGUCCAACCGCUACAACGAGCGGAACCGGUCCAGCCGGUUGAACCGGUCCGUCCUGUCGAACCCGUCCAAUCAGGAGCCACGGAGCAAGCACCUCCCACUCAGCCCGAAGUCCAGAAAGACGAAGCAGCAGAACCAGAAGUGAAAGCCGAAUCAGAGCGUGUCAAAGAAGACGUGACGACGGCAUCAUCUGCGAAGAAAGAAGCGAUGACGAAAAGGAAGACAGCUGAGGAUCACAAAGAUGAUGGACUCGCAAAAGACAAAACCAAAGCUGGAGCUACACAGACAGCUGUAAAAGCCCGAAGCAAAAGUGCAGCAGCUCCUCCAAGGAGAGAAGCCACAGCGGCGAGACGGAAGAGAAGCUCCACCUCCGCCUCAAAGACAGAUGCUGCCAAGGGCAAAAGGAAGACCUCCUCCUCCUCUGCGGCCAAAAGAGGUCCAAGUCAAAGUCCCACGGCGGCAGAAGCGCAGCUGCGGCCGAGCAGGCUGACGGGCGGACUGCUGGACACGCUGAAGAGGACAAACGCGACCGACAAACUUGGCAAAUCUUCAACGUCGCAAACGCCCAAAAUGAGAACAACUUUACUGACGAGCAAGAAAAGCAAAGCCAAUCAGGCUGAGGAAAAGGAAAGGUCCUUGAAGGACAUUAAAGACAAAAAAGACCAAGAACCUUCACAAGCCAAAAAGACAGCGGACGAAAGUACAGGAAAGCAGAAAUCAGCUCAGCGAUACUUCCAGUGUGUUUAUGUACCCGGCAAAAAUGCGCAGUACCCCCUGCGACCGUUCAGCCCGGCAACGCCGCCCACCGCCGUGCCGCCCGCCCUCAAGUCCCUACUCGAGCAGCAGAGGGCGGCCAGGCCGUUGAGGCAGUAGGGCAGCCUUCAACGUACCCAAUCAGGACAUCGUACAAGGGACUCUUUUCCAUUCGGGGCAACAAUGACUGAAAUAUUAGUUUUUAUUUUUCAACUACAUAGCUGAGCUCCUGGGGUUUCUCAUUCGGAUAAAAAAAAUAAAAAUACAGUAUAAGUGAAAUGUACAUAGCAAGCACAUAAAAAUUAAGCCUUUUUUUUUUUACUCCAUCACUUGAUGCUAGGUAGAAUUCAUAGGAUGCUAACACCUCACAGAACCCCACAGAACAGAGAAAAGAGGGCUGGCAGAAAACAUCUACAUUUGGGAAAUUUAGCUAGCUUGAAAAUAGAGUGACUUUGUCCAAUCAUGUUACACGGUUGUAAAACUCGUUGCUAAGUGGUAUUCACAGGGCACAGAUGGACAAUUUUGAAAACAUGAAAUUAAGGAAAGUAAUUAUAAUGAGAAAACAAACCAAACUAAUUGCUUCAUUUAAAACGUGUUUUAUAUACAGUAAAUAAUAAAAAUAAAUAGCAUUUUAUCUUUCUAGCAGACAGAAAUCUAAUUAUUUUCUUUGUUGAGUGACUGCAUCGCUUAUUCCUACGUGGACAUAAUAGGGCACAUGCCCUAUUAAAAAAAAAAGUCAAACAAGAACAUUUUGAUUACUUUUACAAAGAAAGCGGAAAUGUUAGCUCGCUAGCAGAUGUAAUCAACAUUAUUUAUUUUCUUAGGCGUGUAACACGAUUGCGACACUUGUUGCUACAUGGAAUUCACAAAGGGCACUGAUAAAAGUUUUCUCAACAACAUAAGUAUGAAAUACAAAACGUAUUUAAAAGAAAGAAAGCCCCCCCCCCCCUAACUGCAGCACCAUCUGCUGGAUAUGAUGGGACAGUGGACCAUUUGCCCCGAAUACAAAAAGUUUUUUUCCCCCAUAAUUUUGAGUCGCUCUUUUUUGUAUUUUUUUAAUUUAACUCUGUCAAACCCCAGGAGCCCUGUCUCUUCCACACUUGUGCCCCACCUGCCUCUGGACACAUGCUAAUGACGCUAAUGCUAAAAUGCACUAAAAUACUUGACAACAACUUGGUUAUGAUCUGAUGUUGAUUUACAUCUAACUCAGGUUCGAGCGAAAUUCUAGCAUUAGUCAAAUUAAGGGCCUACGUUCAGAGAGAGGAAGUGUGCGUUAGCACGACCAACACCGGAGACCGAUCAUGUUCAUCAGCCGGGCCGAUCGGUGACUUAACGUCUUCGGCUGUACGUUAAAGCAACGCCGGCGGCCGGUUGGCUACUAAGCUGGCAUUUAGCGAUGCCGCACGUUGUCUGUCGAUGUCUUACUUGAUGAAGAAAGAAAGAAAGCGAGUAGUUUCACAAGACUCCACCGUGUGAUAAGAUCGGGUUUUUUAAAUAAAAAGCGCCCAGUGACCUCGUUGUGUUAGCACCUAGCAUACCCUAGCAUACGCUAGCAUACGUUGCUGCGCUUGCGCAAGGUCCAAGUCACGUGGUUCAGAGCCGUACUAGCCUCAACUGAGUCUUAAGACGUGCGCGGACUUGGAGACAAAACACUUGACAAUUCAUCCAUUAACGUGUUAACAUAUUAUCAUCCUAGCAUGUUUGAUUACCAGACUCUCCUUUAUCAGCACCGUCAUUAAACACAUGCAACAAGAGAAUCUGGUAAAUGUACCGAAAGGGUUUAUAUUGUAUUCAUAGAUCUGAAGACUAGAUAGGCUAACCGACGUGCCUACGUAACGGCCAUCCUGGGGAGGUCGACGUUCCCAUUAAAGGCAAUGCAUGGACAUUGAAAUUAAGACGUAACUUGCUCAAUUCUCAAUUGAUUUUCACGGUCUACUUUUUUUUUGUCGACGUCAAAGCGUGUGCUAUCAAUAAAGAACCUUUUUUUCCAGUCAAAAAAAUAAUUGUACUUGUGAAAGGUUGUUUCCAGUUCUCUGGUUGUGAUUGUACAGCGUUGAGAGUAACCUUAUACAGCGCAAUGUGCUCGCAUCCUUGGUCUUUUGGAUUUCUCGCAGUCCACACUGACUACUUCGACCUCCCUAGCUUAGCGUUGCCGUAGUCACGCAUCUCAAAAGGGGCGAAUCUGUUGCCUUUACGUUAUCGAGACUAGCAUUAGCCUCUGCCAAAACAAAUGAUACAUGCUAGUUGUUGAAUUUGUGUUCCUGCUGAAACCAGUUUGGGACGCAAUCAUCACCCUUGUAUAAUUAGCAUGAAGCUAACUAACAUGCUAACAUGAGCUAACCACUUAGCUAGCAAGCUAAUGAGCCAACUAGCAGGUGUUUAGUGCGCUGCUUCUUGUUUUUCAGUCACAAAAAGUUGUGUGAAUUUGAGGGCUGUACUGUCAACAUGGUUCCCGAUUUUAAUAAAUAAUAUUAACAAUUAUUAUUUAUAAUAAUGAUGAUGAUGAAGGAACCAGUGGCGUGUGUGAAUCCAGAUGUGAAUACUUUUCGUUUUGUUUUUAUUUAAUUUUAAGUUUAUACAAGUUGUAAGAGGAAGCAGGUUGUUGCACAAGUUCAUGUUCCUUAAAUAUGAAUCAUAAUAAUCAUAAUUCAGUACACCUGACAAUGUUGGUCAACUUUAAUAAGGGGAAAAAAAGAGGCAGCAAAAGUUCAUAUUACAAAAUAAAUUAUAACAUUUGAUUUUUCAUCACUAACAGGGAAAACAAGAUCAAACAAUAUUUAUUAAUUAUAAUAAAACCAUAAGUAUUGACACAUGAGUGGAAUAUUUGUUCGGUUAUCACAUCAUUCGUAUAUAAACUA